UUGAAUACCGGGCUCGAGAUCGAGAACAUGGGAUGUCCGUACUCUUCUAAGGGAUGGUCCAGAAAGCAUAAAUAGGUAAAGGCAGCUCGAAGAACAGAAACAUCACCACCGCCAGCCAGCUCCAACAGCAAACCAUUUCCAAUCACUCAGAGCCUCUUGUAUUCCUCUGAACUUGUCUAUCGUUCUAUCAACCUUCAAUAUGAAGUCUUUCGCCAUCGUUUCACUGCUUUCUGCUCUCUCCAUCGCUUCACCCAUCGCUCCACCCAUCGCGAUCACUCAGCCUGUUGUUGUUGCGACCCCAGCCCCGGAAGCUAAUACUCUCGAAGCCCGCCAGUCCAGCACUCGCACUGAGCUCGAAUUGGGCAGCAGCUCUGCAUGCCCCAAGGCCAUCUUCAUCUUCGCCAGAGGAUCCACUGAGGCUGGCAAUAUGGGCCUGUUGGCAGGACCAAACGUCGCAAGCCGUCUGGAAGCCACUUACGGCGAUAGCGGCAUCUGGGUGCAAGGCGUCGGCGGCCCAUACACGGCUGGCAUCGUGGAAAACGCUCUUCCAGCCGGCACUAGCGCAGCUGCCAUCACCGAAGCACAGCGGUUGUUCACAAUGGCUGCCACGAAAUGCCCUAGCUCUGCGAUUGUAGCCGGUGGCUACAGCCAAGGCUCAGCUGUCAUGUCUAACGCUAUUCCUGCACUCAGCGCUGCCAUCCAGAACCAAAUCAAGGGCGUCGUGCUCUUUGGUUAUACCAAGAACCAGCAGAAUGGUGGCAGGAUCCCUAACUUCCCUACUGAGAAGACGCGCGUGUACUGCGACCCCGCAGACCUCGUCUGCUAUGGCACGUUGAUCAUCGGCAUUGGUCACUUCUUGUACACUGACGAUUCGUUGAUCGAUGCACCGGCUUACUUGAGUACUCAGAUUGGUAGUUAGAGGUUGAAUUCGACGUAAAAGAGGCUUCGUGGAUGUAGCUUGGCUGGGUUGGGCUAA